AUGCCAGAACACACUGCCGUAUAUAUCGGCACAGCGUUUGCUGCUGGUGUCUGCUUGACUCUAGUAUGCAAAGAUAUCCUAGAUUCACAUCGGGAAAAAUCAGAAUUCUCAAAAGCACAAAUUCCUGCAUCAGAUCAAAAUGUUCUUGUCGCUCGAGCAGGACCUCCAGCUAUCGUGGACGGGAUCGAAGGAUGUAUCGGAAACACACCCCUUUUCCGAAUCAAAUCACUAUCAGAUGCAACGGGAUGUGAGAUCCUGGGAAAGGCAGAAUUCUUGAAUGGCGCUGGUCAAAGCUCAAAGGACCGAGUUGCUUUAAGUAUGAUUGAAUUGGCAGAAGAACAGGGUAUAUUAACACCCUACUCAGGCGACACCAUCUAUGAAGGUACAUCAGGAUCAACCGGUAUCUCAUUAGCAUCUCUGGCUCGAGCAAAGGGAUAUCUUGCACACAUAUGCAUGCCGUCAGACCAGGCUAUUGAAAAAUCAAACCUUCUGCUCAAACUGGGCGCAAUCGUCGACCGCGUGCCUCCGGCACCAAUCGUCGAGAAGGAGAACUUCGUCAACCGUGCCAGGGCACUAGCAACCGCCCACACAGCUUCAAGCACAGUAUCCAUCCCUGAAACAGACGACCAGGUUGAGCCAUCAGAGUGCAUGGCACGCGGUCGUGGAUUCUUCGCCGACCAGUUCGAGAACGAAGCAAACUGGCGCGCCCACUUUGGCGGCAGUGGACCAGAGAUCUAUGCGCAGUGCAAUGGCAAAAUAGACGCCUUUGUAGCAGGUGCUGGAACGGGCGGGACUAUCUCUGGCGUGGCGCGUUAUCUCAAACCCUUGUUACCGAACAUCACGGUUGUACUCGCGGAUCCGCAGGGAAGCGGGUUGUAUAACCGGGUGCGGUAUGGAGUGAUGUUUGAUGUUAAGGAGAGAGAAGGAACUCGGCGACGACGUCAGGUUGACACCAUUGUUGAAGGGAUUGGGAUUAAUCGGGUUACUGCUAACUUUGAGGUUGGCAAGGAGCUUGUUGAUGAUGCGGUGAGGGUGACUGAUGCACAGGCAUUGGCGAUGGCUAGGUGGCUUGUUGAGAAGGAUGGGAUUUUCAUUGGGAGUAGCAGCGCUGUUAACUGCUUCGCGGCUGUGAUGACGGCUCAGAAGCUGGGACCUGGUCAUCGGAUUGUGACUAUGCUGUCGGACUCGGGGUCGCGGCAUCUGUCUCGAUUCUGGGCUAAAGCCGGUGAUGUUGGUGGAGCAGUUGAUACAACGCUCGCUGAUGUUUUGAAUGCACGGGACGAGGAUUUCCUAUAG